ACGUGAUUGGGACAUGUCAAAAUUUAAAGAAAGGUGGUUUAUUACAUCUCUCACUAACUAGGUAACCAUCAUCAAGAUGACAGACUUUGGAGAGAUUCUCAGGAACAUUGGAGAAUUUGGAUUAUUCCAACAGAUAGCUCUGAUUUCAAUUUGCUUUCCAAACAUAAUUCAGUCUUUUGCACUUGCAAGUUUACUUUUUGUCGAGUCUGAUCCAGAGAGACACUGUAAUACAGACUGGAUCCUCAGUGCUGGUCCUAAUCUGACCACAGAGGAGCAGCUGAACCUGACUCUCCCUCGGGAGGAGGACGGGAGCUUCAGCAGGUGUCGGAUGUUCGUCCCUGUGGACUGGGACAUCGAUGCCAUCAGGGAAAAUGGACUCAAUGAGACCAGUGGGUGUGUGAAUGGAUGGGUGUAUGGAAACAUGCUGUAUGAAACCACCAUAGUCACUGAUUUUGAUCUGGUCUGUGAUCGGGGUAACAUGCUGCGAGUGUUACAAACAGUGGGAAUGGCUGGAGUUGUUCUUGGUUCCCUCAUCUUUGGACCUGCUACUGAAUCCCACUGAAUGGCUCGGGGCAUCCAAAAGAUCAUGGGGAGCAGGUGUGACUGAGCUAUCUGA